AUGAUGGAAGACAGCAAUGACGGAGAAGAGGAUGAGGAAGAAGACUGGGCUUGUGUCUCUAGGAUCAACUUCCCAGAGUGUGGUCACACUGCUAUGGUUGACAGAGAUCUCACAGGCUGUAUCUUGAGCUGGUGCUUGUCGGAGCACAGUGACGCAUUCGAGGCCAGCAAUGGAGCCUCUGUCAGGCAGCUGAAAGAGCUGGGUUAUGGGCAAGAGUGGAAGACGUCUCUGGGCAGGGUGACGAGCGCGAAUGUGGAGAUGGGCGAGAUGAGUGAUAGCGGCAACUUCUUCAAUUCGUUCUUAGGCGACCCUGAGCUUGUAGUGAAUAGCAGUAUGUCAGAGGAAGAGGUACAUUCACUGGUAGAAAGAUUCGAAGAGACGUGCGGGUCUCAGACCUCAAAAAGGUCGAGCUAA